UACCGGUUGCAUGUUUUGCCAGCUGUUGCUUCCACGCUUUUGGACCAAAAUUUAAUUUUCUAGUGUUUACGAAUGAAUUGGGCACGGAAACUGAUGAAAAUAGUGAAUAUUUAUUAACAGAUUUGCACAGUUGCACGGAAGAAAAAGUCCAUUUGCCAUGGUGAACGAUGAAGAUGUGAUGGCAGCAAACAGAACUUCCAAACUUAGUGGAUACGACUUCUACCGCCAAACCUUGGGAUCUCCACGCUAUGUUGUGGCACCAAUGGUCGACCAGAGUGAGCUGGCCUGGCGGAUGCUGUGCCGGCGAUAUGGCGCCGAACUCUGCUACUCGCCCAUGUACCAUGCGAACCUCUUUGCCACCGAUCCCAAGUAUCGCAGGGAUGCUUUGCAGACGUGUCCGGAGGACAGGCCCCUGAUCAUCCAGUUCUGCGGCAACGACGCCCAACAAAUUCUGGAGGCCACACUUUUGGCCCAGGACCACUGCGAUGCGGUGGACAUUAAUUUGGGCUGUCCGCAGGCCAUCGCCAAGAGGGGUCACUACGGCUCCUUUUUGCAGGACGAGUGGGAACUGCUGACGGAGAUUGUGAGCACCUUGCACGCAAAGUUAUCCAUACCUGUGACGUGCAAGAUUCGCAUCUUCAAGGACCUCGAUAAGACCAUCAGAUAUGCCAAGAUGCUGGAGGCUGCCGGUUGUCAGCUGCUCACAGUGCACGGGAGAACCAGGGAGCAGAAGGGACCACUCACGGGCGUGGCCGAUUGGAGCUACAUAAAGGAAGUGCGGCAGCACAUUAAGAUACCCAUGUUUGCCAACGGAAACAUUCUUGGUUUGGAGGAUGUGCACCGCUGUUUGGCGGAAACGGGCGUCGAUGGCGUGAUGAGCGCCGAGGGUAAUCUCCACAAUCCGGCCAUAUUCCAGGGACUCUCGCCACCCAUCUGGCAAAUGGCCAACGAAUACUUAGAGCUCGUGUACCUGCAUCCCUGUCCCAGCUCCUACAUACGGGGACAUCUCUUCAAGCUUUUCCACCACAUUAUGAACAUCCGACAGAACGCUGGACUUCGACAAGAUCUGGCUACUGCCAAUCAGCUAGUGCAAUUUCAAACAGUCGUGCAAGAGGUACAAGCCAAAUACGAACCCUUCCAUAAGGGCGAGGUGCCCUAUGAACCCGAAGAAUUGGCUGCUGGAUCAGAGGAAGAUAAACUACCACUAGCCCCCUGGCUGUGCCAACCCUAUAUUCGCGCCUCGCCCGAAUCCCACCGCCAGAAGAUCGCUGAAAAGGUGGCCGAGGCGGCGGAUCCCAAUAGAGCCAAGCGGCAGUACUUCGACAAGGACGGCAACGAGAUAUCCCGCAAGCGGAUGAAGAAACUGCGCAGACGCCAGCGGAGACCCGGCAAAACGGAGGCCCAGAUCCAGCAUCGGCACGAGCGGCGACUGGAGUACUGCACGGAGUGCGCCAACCCCCAGGGAUCAAAGUGCGAGUUCCGGCUGUGCCGCGUCUGCUGCAAGGACAGGUGCUACAGCACCGAUCGUGACUGUCCCGGCCACGGAAUCCUGAUCAAAUCACGCAGGGCCAAGGCCAAGCAGUUCGAGGCAAUCCACUACGUUUCUGAAAAUCCAACUGGUGAUCCCGCGACAACUGCAGUCGAUGCAGAGGAUUCGCUUUGACAUUAACUUUUCCCAGAGCUGUAACAAAGAUGACCCAUAAUAAACCUAGAUAUGGAUGUAA